AUGGCGGCGGAUCUAAACCCAGACUGGCUCUCCUGCCUGCCUUCUUCUUGGAGUUAUGGGGUUACUCGGGACGGAAGGAUAUUCUUCAUCAAUGAAGAAGCCAAGAGUACGACCUGGCUGCAUCCCGUCACCGGAGAGGCCGUCAUAACGGGGCACAGAAAAACCCCAGAUUUACCAACGGGAUGGGAGGAGGGAUAUACGUUCGAAGGAGCCCGCUGCUUCAUCAAUCACAAUGAGCGGAAGGUGACCUGUAAGCAUCCAGUCUCUGGUCUUCCUUCACAAGACAACUGCAUCUUUGUCGUCAACGAACACGUGACUUCUGCAAAGCUUGUCCACCCCGUUACAGAUCCUGGUACAGUCAACCCUGUUACAGUCAACCCUGUUACGGUCAACCCUGUUACGGUCAACCCUGUUACGGUCAACCCUGUUACGGUCAACCCUGUUACGGUCAACCCUGUUACAGCCAAUCCGGUUACAGCCAAUCCGGUUACAGACCCUAUUACAGACCCUGUAUCAAACAGGCCUAAGGCUCCAGAGCAGGCUCCAUCAGAGGAGAGUGACAGAGUGAAGGAGCGCCCGAUGAGCACCAUGAGCGAGGCGUCUAACUUCACAGGAGGGUCAGACUAUAGCACCUACCCUGGCAGCAGCCCCGCCACACGGCCUUCGAGGUCUUACAAAAAGGUCCAUAACUUUGGCAAGAGGUCCAACUCUAUUAAGAGGAACCCCAAUGCCCCGGCGGUCAAGAGCAACUGGCUUUACAAACAGGACAGCACGGGGAUGAAGCUAUGGAAGAAGAGGUGGUUUGUGCUGUCUGACAUGUGCCUGUUUUACUACAGAGAUGAGAAGGAGGAGGGCAUCCUGGGUAGUAUCCUGCUGCCCAGCUUCCACAUCUCCAUGCUGUCUGUCGACGACCACAUCAGCAGGAAAUACGCCUUCAAGGCGACCCACUCCAACAUGAGGACAUACUACUUCUGCACAGACACGGCCAAAGACAUGGAGUCCUGGAUGAAAGUGAUGACGGACGCAGCCCUGGUCCACACAGAGCCAAUCAGAAGACUGGAUAAGUUGAAGGUGGACCGCUGCUGUCCCCAGGAGGUGAACAACAUCCUGAACCACAACCGGGUCUUGACCAGACCAGAAAUCCAGAACAACGAGAGGAACCGUGAGCCGCGCCAGCCCUCCCUCACCUGCAGCAUGGACCGCACGGACGGGGACAGGAAACACAACACCCUCCAGAGAGAGAGGGAACGCUACACGCUGCAGAAAGACGGAGAGAGAUACUCCCUUCAGAAAGACGGGGUGAGCUACACGCUGCAGAGAGACGGAGAGAGGUACCUGUUGCAGAAAGACGGAGAGAGGUACGCCCUGCAAAAAGACGGGGGGCGGUAUUCCUUGCAGAAAGAUGGAGGCGAACGAUAUGCUGUGCAGAAAGAUGUUCAAAUGGAGAAAUACGCACCUCAGAAAGAUGGGGAGAAGUACUUGGUACAGAAAGAUGUAGAGAGAUAUGCAAUGCAAAAAGGAGAGAGAUACACCCUCCAAAAAGAUGGACAGACAUACAACCACCAGAAAGGGGUAGAGAGACAAACGUCUAUGACUGAGAAAGAUCGGUCAGAUCGUUAUGGGACCCUUGAUGAAAGACAGAAGUAUAAAACCCUACGGGAAGGAAGUAAGUGUGGUACCCUGAGGGAUGGAGAUAAGUAUGGGACGCUCGAUAAGUAUGGUACCCUUAGGGAAGUGGAUAAGUAUGGAACCCUCCGUGAAGGGAACAAGUAUGGAUUCCAGAGGGAUGGCAGUGCUGAGAGGCCUCUGACUAAAAUCAACAGCAUCAAGCUCCAACCAGCCCAGGCAGCAGCCAUCGCAGCAGCAGUUACAGCCUCCCGCCAGUUACAGGUCUCCCAGCACAUGGCCCCACCACAGGUCAACGGCUCUGGGGAGCGGGCUGGUGACCACAGCCCAGGGGAGGUGGUAGGCACCCUGGGGAGAGGAGCAGGAAAGGCCCAGGAGCCGCCUCAGAACCAGCAGGCCCAGGAGCCAGAGAAGAGUCUGACCAGAACCAACUCCAUGAGGCAGCUGGAGAACUGGGUUAGGACCCAGAGGACACAAGAGGAUGACGAUACCAGGAGCAUCACCUCCUACCAGACCUUGCCCCGCAACAUGCCCAGCCACCGUGCCCAGAUCGUUCCCCGCUACCCCGAGGGCUACCGUACCCUCCCCAGGAACAUGCUGUCCCGACCUGAAAGCAUCUGCAGCGUGGCCGGCUCCGUCUACGACCGCGCCCUGGCUCCCACAUCCAACUCAGACAAGAGGCGCUCCAUGAGGGACGACACCAUGUGGCAGUUGUAUGAGUGGCAGCAGAGGCAGGCCUUCUCCAGGCAGGGCCCACCACCACCAGGCCACUACGGGACCCUGCCCAGCCCCAAGACCAUGGGGAACAUCUCUGUGCACCAGGGGGUGGCCCACUCCAUCCCCACAUCCCCCUCCCAUGGAUCCCUGGCCCUCUACCACACCUUCUCCCCUCUGGGCCAGCACCGCAGAGACAACCCACCAGGGUCAACCAGGUCUGAGGUGUCCUCACCCGUCUUCAGAGGGGACCAGACUAUGACUAUAGACCGCAGGCACAGGACUCACCUCACCAAGUAUAACUACCCACCUGACCGCCGGUCCAUGCCAGCAGGCAUCCCAGUGCAGACCAUUACCCCACAGUCACUACAGGGCAAGACGAUCAGCCCUGAGGACUACAAAGACAACUCCUACAGCCACCAGAGGCCAGAAGACAUCGACAUAGACACUAAGCUGAGCAGACUAUGUGAGCAGGACCAAGUGGUGAGAACACAGGAGGAGAAACUACAGCAACUACACAGAGAGAAGCACACCCUGGAGACGGCUUUGCUGUCUGCCAGUCAGGAGAUAGAGCAGAGCUCUGACAACCCAGCAGCCGUACAGAGCCUUAUACAGCAGAGAGACGUACUGCAGAAUGGACUGCUCAGUACCUGUAGAGAACUGGCACGGGUCAACACUGAGUUGGAGCGGUCGUGGAGGGAGUAUGAUAAAAUGGAGUCUGGCGUCUCUCUGGCCAAAACCAACCUGUUGGAACAGCUAGAGACCCUGGGCAGCCCACAGACAGAACCUCCCAGCCAGCAGCAUGUCCAGAUCCAGAAGGAGCUGUGGAGGAUCCAGGAUGUGAUGGAGGCUCUGGCCAAGAACAAACCCCAGAGGACCACUGACACUGGUUUCCUUGGUUCCAAACCCAUCUCAAACCUACAGAAGAACGAGCAAGGCCCAGACUACCGUCUGUAUAAGAGUGAGCCAGAGCUGACCACUGUAGCCGAGGAGGUGGACGAUAACAACGGAGAGGACAAUGACAAGGACAGACUACAGACAGGGCUGACCACAGACAAGGAGCCUGCGGCCACUAAAGUCCCAUUAGGAGUACCAGUCUACCCAGUGGGUAUUGUGCCAUCCAGGACCAAAUCCCCCAUGAGCCCCCCAGAGUCCUGCACCAUCGCCUCCUACGUCACCCUGAGGAAGAGCAAGAAGCCUGACCCCAGGACUGACCGUCCUCACAGUGCGGUGGAGCAGACAUGCGGACCGGGGGAGCGGGAGAGCGGCAGAGCCAGGAUGAGUGUAGAGGAGCAGCUGGAGAGGAUCAGGCGACACCAGCAGGCCUCGCUCAAGGAGAAGAAGAGAAGUAGCAGCAGUAUUUCCCCCUCACGCUCGCCAUCCUUCUCCAAGGAGAACCCCUUCAUUACACAGGUCAGGCGAGAGGUGGUGUUCUCCACAGACACCCAGGAGCUGGAGGCAGCACUGCAAGACCUGGAGGAGGUCAGAGACCGAGUUACAGAGCAGCUGGAGAGGGACAGGACUGCAGCCGUGGAGCUGGAGAGAGACCGAGGUGCAGAACUGGAGCUGGAGAGAGACAGGGCUGCAGCAGCUGCUGAAGAAGAAAUGGAGAGGGGUCGAGCUGCAAUAGAAAAGCUGGAGCGAGACAUGACUGAGGUGGCUGCAGUGGUGGAGCAGGAGAUGGCCAGAACUGCUGUGGCUGUAGAAGAGGAGAUGGACAGGGCUGCAGAAUUGGAGCUGGAGAGAGACCGGGCCGCAGUAGCAGCAGCUGCAGAAGAAUUGGAGAGAGCUAGAGCUGCAGCUGAAGAACUAGUCAGAGAGAGGACUACAGUGUCUUCAGAAGAGGCGCUAGAUAUUGACAAGGCUGCAGUGGUGGAGCUGGAGAUGGAUAUCACUGUGGUGGAAGAGAUCAGCUACAGAGCUGAGGAGGUGGAUGUCAUCCCUGUCCCCAGGCUGAGUGGGGAGGAGCCACAGCCCCAGACGGAGAGCUCCAACAUGGACACAGAGGUGUCAGAGACCCAGAUGAUGGUGAUAUCAGAUCAGGGUGUGAAGCCCCUGUAUGUACAGUACCUGAUCCCUGGACAACAUCAACAGCACGGGGAGAGGGAGACAAAGAGGAGAAACACCCACACUCCCAACACCCUCAUUCCCCACAACAGUUUGCCAGCUGCUGUGUCAGAAGCACGGACUCCUGAACCUGAGGAGGAUGUGAUGCAGAGUGAGGCGAUGCGAGGGGAGGCCCCGGAGCAUGAGACCCAGGGGAACAACAUUGACAUAUCCUAUGAACUACCAGCAGAGGGAGCUAAACUCAACAACAACCUGAUGGCAGUGAAAAGCCUGCCCUAUCCGCCCCAGUCCUCCAGUCCUUCUCCUCCUCAACUCACUGACGGAUCCCACUUCAUGUGUGUGUAGACGUGUCGAGGAGGUGGUUAUGUGAACUGAACUACACUCACCCAGACAUUGACCUUUGUGAGCAGUGACUCAUAAGCGAUGCCAGUCUGAAGAUCCAAGAUGGCAUCCUACAGAGCCAAGAUGGCACCAGCCAGCCUGCACAGAGCAUGCCCAGUAGCUCUCUGUGUGUAUACAGUAGAAACGACUGUAGCCAGACAGACAGAAAGAGUAGAUGCACAGGCCUGCUCGUAUUACUUACUGCCUGCCUACACAAUAACUGCGAUACAAAACUCUCUCAUUCACACAGAGAUCUCAGAGGACAAGAUAGUAUUACAGAGUGAUAAUUGAUUAUUAUUAUUACAGGUAUUAUGAUGGUCUGUUAUUUUGGACAUGUUCUGUGAGGAUGCGUUGAGUGUCUGACCUGAGCACUGCUGUAACGAGGAGAGGACUGUACAGUUGUAAAUAAGAACACUAGAAGAGUCUCACACUGGGAAGAUCUCAAUUGCAUACUCCUCGCGUCCUGUCUCCUCGUCUCUUUCUCAAAACCCACUGGAGGAGAAGGUCAGAGGGGAGGGACCUCUGGCUUUCUCAUCCAAUGGAUUUUGAGAAGGAGACGAGGACCUGAGGACUUGAGGAGUAUGCAUUUGAGAUCGUCACACACUAUGGAGAGGGCCAAGCACCAAAUCUACACACACGAAGGCAGUGCUUUGCUUUAACCACACGGAGGCGCCAUAUUCUCUUGCGGUUUGAAAAAAAAACUGGUUUUACUCCCAUUUAAGUUUUUAACGUGAGGCCCUAAAAGUUUAAUUUUCCACAUAUUUUACACUGCACAUUCCCCCAUUGUUCAUACAAGUUGUUAAUAUAUAAAUAUAUAAAACAUAUAGAAUGAACUAUCUAUACAAUGGGUUUAUACUUCAAUAAGGUGCCACCCUAUUGCUGCUGAUGGACAGAGUUUAAAUAUUUUAUUAAGGUUGUGUUUAUUUAUGUCGGGAGGAUCGGGAUCUGGUCGCCGCCGACAACCACAUGUGAAUGUCCUGGGUUAGAAUCGAUCUGCUUCUCUGUUUUUUUUCUAUGGCUGAGAUAUAUUUAAAGUAAAAUAUAGAUGAAAGAUAAAAUAGUUUUAUGAGAUUAGGGUUGUGUGUUAGAUUCUGUCUGGUUGUGUGUUAGAUUCUGUCUGGUUGUGUGGAGUCCUGGACAGAGAGAAGAGAAUAGCACAUGUAUAAGCAAUAAGCAGGCAUUUUGUUCCUCUAGGACUUCAAAUAUAAUGUACAUAAAUGUAAAGUUUCAUUGUGUAAAUGAUGUACACCAUAGAAAGAGCAGAGCAGAAAUUGUAACUGAGGUUAUUAUUAUUAGUUAAUAUUCAAAAUGUUCAUCAUCUGUUUUAUAUCAUGUGAAAUAAAUGUUGAUGUUUUUA